UUCUCUUCCUCCAUCUUCUUAUUUUGUGUCGUGGAGAACACAAAGGCCUACUGCAUCCUCUCUCUCUAUCUCUCUCUCGCUCGCUCACCAAGCUUCUUCCCAGCUCGCUUUACCAGUUCUCGAAAAAGAAUGAAAGAGUUGAUGGAGAUCAGCUGCGAUCUCGACCUUCGACUCCGUCUCAGCAGCAGCGGGAGCGAUGUCUGUCCGACCGAUUCCGGCACCGUCGGAUCCAACGGGUUAGUGGAGUUCCUGGGCAAGUCGAAGGAGUCCCAGCAGCAACAGAUCACCCUAUUCUACAAUGGUCGAAUCUGUGUCUGCAAUCUCACGGAUACCAAGGUCUGUAAUGACCUCAUCUCUUUUCUCCUCUGCAAGAGCCAUCAUCUCCAUGGCCAAGAGACAGAUGGAUGAACAACAAGCGAAGGGCUCAUCAUUCCUGCCUCGAGAUCCGCCACCAUCUCCUCACCCUCAUCCUCCGGAGCAGCUCCUGAUCAAUCCUGGGCUUGCCAUGAAGCGAUCACUGCAGCUGUUCCUUCAGAAAAGGAAGUCCAGAUUGCAUUCCCUCUCUCCCUACGCCCCUUGUCCUCUGUGAAGUCAACCUAGCAAGAACAGUAUUGCUGACGUGGUGUUUCUUACGGUGAUAGCAGUAGCAUGGAUUGUUUUCUUUCCUUUCUGAGAUUUCCCCUCAUUUCUUCAGCAAGUCAAACUUCCGGAUUGUAAAGUCAGCGUACAGAUAAAUAAAUUGUGAUAU